AAUUUGACACUGUGUAACAGAGCUGUGGGACCAUUACAGGGUGUGAAAUCUCUGCUGGAAAACACACAUUUGGAGUAUUGAAGGAGUCAAAGGAAGGACAGUAUAACUUGGUGAGUCUUGCUUUUAAAAGACAAUUCAGAUACCAAGACAAAUGGCUGAGAAAAUCACACUCUUAGAAAGUUUCCUGAACUGCCACGUGUGUUCAGAGACUUUCAGAGAUCCCGUGUCUCUGAGCUGCAACCACAGAUUCUGUUCAAGCUGCCUGCAAAAAUUCUGGGAACAAGCUAAAAACAAAAACUGUCCCAUCUGUAAGAGAAAAUCCUCAAAAGAUAACCUGACAGUGGACUUUGCACUGAAGGAACUGGCUGACUCCUUUGCUGGGAGACAGAAAGCUGGAUCAUGUGAGACAGAGAAAGGAGACAGGAAGGUAGAGGUGGUGUGUAGUAAACAUCAAGAAGAGCCUAAAUUGUUCUGUAAGGAUGAAGAUAGAGUUGUGUGUACUGUCUGUGAGUUUUCUCUCCACCACAGUCACAAGGUGGUUCCUAUUGAACAAGCAGUCAGUGACCUGAAGGACCAGCUGAGAUCUGACUUAAAGUCUCUACAGGACAAGAGGGACAAACAUGAGAAAGUGAAGAAUACAUAUGAUGAGGUGAUUCAACACUCCAAGAAACAGGUGUUGUCCACAGAGAGGCAGAUCACAGCAGAGUUCAACAAGCUCCACCAGUUCCUGAGAGAGGAAGAGGAGUCCAGACUGGCUGCUCUGAGGGAGGAAGAGGAGCAGAAGGCAAAGCCUAUCAGCAGAGAGAUGAAGAUGAUUCAGCAGCAGAUCUCCUCUCUGUCAGACUGCAUCUCUGCUGUUGAAGAAGAGCUGCAGAAACAUAACAUGUCAUUCCUCAGCAGUUAUAAAGCCACUCAGAGCAGAGCCAGAGUCCAGAGCUCACUGUCAGAUCCACAGCUGGUCUCAGGAGCGCUGGUAGAUGUGGCCAAACAUCUGGGCAACCUGUCCUUCAGUGUCUGGGAGAAGAUGAAGGAGGAGGUCCACUUCAGUCCUGUCAUUCUGGACCCAAACACUGCAUACCGCUGUCUCCAUCUGUCUGAUGAUCUGACCAGUGUGAGAAAUGACACAAAGCAGCAGCUUCCUGACAAUCCAGAGAGGAACACUAGAUAUAACAUGGUUCUGGGCUCUGAGGGCUUCAGCUCAGGGAAACACAGCUGGGAGGUGGAGGUGGGAGACCAUCCUAGUUGGUGUUUGGGUGUGGCCAAAGAGUCAGUUGACAGGAAGGGAGAGUUACAUGUGUCACCAAAACAUGGAAUCUGGUGUAUUAUGCAUAAUGAUGGAAAGUACUAUAAUGGUCUCGGUCAGACUGUCACAGUGAAGAAGAGUCUCCCAAGGAUCAGAGUCCAGCUGGACUAUGACAGGGGGAAGGUGUGCUUCUUCAACCCUGAAGACAACGCUCUCAUCUACACUCACAGAGACACUUUCACUGAGAAACUCCUCCCAUUUUUCAGUAUUGGAAGAACUGGUGAUGCCAAAACUGCUACUGUUAAAAUCUGUCAAAGUGAUGUUUCUCUGUGAUGUUCAGGAAUGUUAGUGUAGACUUUACUGUGACUUCACUUUGUGUAAUAAUGUACUCAGUACUCAGUCUGCAUUACAUCAUCAGGUUAUAAACUUUCAUACAGGUACAAAUCAAUUUAAAUGUUAAAUGAUAGCUUAUUAGCCUGGUUAUCUUGUUGUAAUCAGACCACAAUAUAACACCUAGACCUGAUUCUUUGUUUGCAGUUGUGUAAUUCUGUAACUUUUAUCAUUGUCAAACAUUAAUUUUAGUUUGUAAGAUUUCUGGAUCUGUUAAUGAGUUUUAUCAGUUUUGUUAAUGUUUUAAUUUCAGUGUUUUACAUUUUAUACCUGAAGUCUCAGUGGUUCAGUGGCUCUGAUUGAUCGUUUGUGAUUUUGUUCUUCAGAAAGCAAUUUGUUGUCAAGAACUGUCUGAAACUAAUUAUGCAAAGUGUUUUUUAUCUUGUUUUAUUGUUUUCAUGGAAACUUGCUGCAAAAAUGUUUGCACCCAAGUCAUUGUUUAGAGCUGAAAAUCCUUUGAAAGGUCACAACCCAUUAAAUAUUUAGUUAUAUUUUGUUGAGCCAACACAUAUAAAGAUGGUAACUCCUACUUUUGAUAUUCUGCUGACUUGUUAAUGGAUCAACUGAAUAUUUGCUCACAUUGUUUUGUGAAGACCAAAUGCUGAAACUGAAUCACAUUAUCAGGUGAAUUAUCCUGGUUAUCAGCAUCUAGUGUUCAGUAAAAACACAUUGUAUAGUAGUAUCAAUGACCAGUGUACCUGUUAGUGUGAAACUAAAUCGGCAGUAGUUUGUUUUUCUCAGAAUUGUUUGUGUGAGGUUGUGUCUGGUUUCUUUAUGUACAUCUGUCAAUUUGUGUAAAUCACAAAGAAUAUACUAAACAAUCCAUUGCUGGGUAAAUCUCCAUCUUUUUUUAUAUUUAAAACAGCAAAUUCUUUAGAACAAUAGGAAAUACUUUCAAAAGGCAGAAAGUUGUCUUUAGUUUGAAUGUGCAAAGUUUGCUAUCAAAGACUCGUUAACACACAUUAUGUCACAUGGAACAACAAACUGCUGUCAGUUAAAACCCUGGUGAGGAUGAUGAGCGUGCAGAUGAGCUUCCCUGAGACAGUUUCUGAUUGUUCGUGCAGAAACACUUUGGUUGUGCAAACUAAUUGUUGCAUCAGCUGCUCUGAUGACUGGUCUAAAGCAAUCUUGCAGUUGAAGAAGCUGGAUGUGGAGGUCCUGGGCUCGUGUGGUAAAAUGUGGUCAGCGGUUGUGUUGCUGGUUGGAUGCAGUGCCAAAUUCAUAUAAAUGAUACCAUAGAUGGUUUAUGAAAGUGUAAUGAGCAUUUAAUUCAUGGGCAGCAGGCCUGUUGACAUUCCUGCAGUCAGCAUGCCAGUGAGACACUCCCUAAAAACUUGUGACAUCUGUGGCACUGUGCUGUGUGAUCAAAUUGCACUUUUAUUGUGACCAUCCCAAGGCACAGCUGUGCAGUAAUGAUGCUGUUUAAUCACCAUGUUGAUAUGCCAAACCUGUCUGGUGGAUGUAUUAUCUUGGAAAAGGAGAAGUGCUCACUAACAUGGAUUUUUUAACAAAUUUGCAACCAAAAUUUGACAGAAUUAAGUAUUUUGUGAGAUUAAAAAAGUCUUAGAUCUUGAACUUAAACCUGUGAAACAUGGGAACACAUUUCUAUUCAGU